AUGUCCGAGUUACCACAAGAUUCAAGUUCAUCAAUUUCACCUCGAAAUUCGAUAUCCUCCAAAAAGGACGAUUCCAGUGAAAAUUCAGGAUCAGAAUAUGUUGAACCAUUGACCAAUCAUGAAGAAUCGGAAUCAAGACCACCACGUAGAUACUCAAUCACAUCAUUCAAUUCCCAAAGGAGUUCAGGAUCACUUUCAAGAUUGUCAAAUUUAACUGGUAUUUCCCAAGUGUCGUCUGUGAUUAGUGCCAUUCGUGAUGAUAGGUUAUUAGAUGCUGAUGAGGAAACACGGGCAAGAUACGCAGAACGUGGUCGCGCUGCUUCCAUCUUAUCAGCAGAAUUAGACAAGGCCACCAUACGUAGCUUAAAAAAGAGAAAGUCAAGGGAACUGCUUGAAGCUGGUGCCCCACCUAGUGCUGAGGUUUUAGAAGAAAUAGAAAAAGUCGAAGAAGAAGAAGAAAUAGAAGAAGAAGGUCUUCCACCUCAGGAUAAAGGGUUUGCAUGGUUCGUUGCCUUUUGUUCCAUGUUGGCUGCAUUCAGUACUUGGGGUGCCAAUGCUGGGUACGGUGUUUUCCUUGGAUUUUAUUUAAACAAUAAUGUGUUCCCGGGAGCUACCAAGUAUGAUUUUGCCUUGAUUGGAAGUCUUGUUAAAUUCUUGGGCCAUUCAUUAUCAGCCGUGGCUGCCCUUAUUCUUAAAGUCCUUGGGUUUAGACUUACCCUUUUUGUGGCUAUCAUUUUACAAACAUUGGGAUAUAUGCUUGGGUCAUUUGCCACCAAGAUUUGGCAACUUUAUUUGACCCAGGGUUUGCUUGUGGGGCUUGGGUUUGUCCUUGUAUACAUCCCGGCUUCAUUGGUGCUUCCUGAAUGGUUUAAAACUAGAAGAGCUACUGCAUUUGGUAUUUGUGUUUCCGGUACUGGAUUAGGAGGUGUGGUGUUUGCCCUUUCCAUUAAUAAAGUCAUUGAGGAUACAGGUGGGUUUAGAUGGGCUCUUAGAAUGGUGGGGUUUGUUGUGUUGGUCGCAACUAUCAUUUGUGCCUUUGGUAUGAAACAUAGACGCAAGCAAAAAAUCACCUUGAAAGAAUCAUUAUCGGCAACAUUCAUUAAAGAUACCGUCAAGAUUGUGUUUGACUUUAGAGUUUUCAACAAUGUCGGAUUGAUUUUCCUUGUUUUAUGGUAUGCUAUUUCACUUAUGGGUUACACAUUGAUGAUCUUCUCCUUGUCUUCAUAUGCUAUUCUGGUUGGGUUAACCCCACACCAAGGGUCAAGUCUUACUGCCAUCCUUAAUGGAUUCCAAGUUGUUGGUCGUCCUUUGAUCGGGGCCGUGGCAGAUAGAAUUGGUCGUGCCAACACAGCUGCAAUUGUCGGUGGUAUAAGUACAAUUUUGAUGUAUGCAUUCUGGAUUAAUGCUUCCAGUUACGGCUCCUUGAUUGCAUUCAGUGUUUUAUCUGGGAUGAUUAUUGGGUUUGGUACUUGUUUAUCACAACCAUUAUGCGCUGAUAUUCUCGAAGACCAUUUAGAAUUGUUACCUGCUGGUUGGUCAGGUUUGAACAUGUUUGUGUCCCCAGCCGUGCUUGUCACUCAAGUGAUUGCUUUAUCGUUAGUUAGAGAAAAUAACGCUAGACCAUACUUGAACACACAAAUCUUUGCUGGUGCCGGAUUCUUAGCAUGUGUCUUUUUAAUUUUCCCCGUUCGGGAACACUUGAUUUCCAACGUGUUAAAGAAGAGACUUGCUGCUGCCCAACAGCAAUUGAAAGAUAUCAGACCAACCACGGCUGCUGGUUAUUUAAAGGCCAGUGCCUUUGAAGAGAGCGAUAAGUUGUUGGAAGAGGAAAUACUACGUGAUAGAAUCGAAAGAUAUAAUCGUUUGUUGGAAAGAAACGUUCUGGCAUACCUCAUGAGAAUGGUGUACCCAAUCAGAGUCUAG